AUGGAAAGCAGUGACGACACAAAGCUGGGCCAAAGCUGCAGUAGUGAUGUCAACAAUGACAACAACAUGCCAACAACAAGUGCAGAAUCUCCAUUUAACAUCUCUCAGGAUUCUAAGACUUACUACCCGGAAACAAAGCUGCCCAUCCAAGAUGAGCUGCAUUCAGUUCUUGAUAGCAUACUACACAUGCUGAAUGGAAGCCUGAAGCAGGAAGGAGAAAUGUUGAUAAUGGUAACACAAACUGUCAUCCAUCUUCUGAAGGGUUUGAAAGAAGAGCUCGACACCAGAAGAGAGUUGACCAGAGUGGAGAGGUUCUCAAUGAAGCGGUUUGAGGGGUCAGAUGAAGACAUUAAAUUCUGGACAGGGUUCUAUAGUUAUGAAACAUUAAUUGUGUUUUACGAACAUGUGUGCCAAAAUCAUGCAAGCAGUCUCAAGUACUGGAUGGCACGCAACUCCCAAGAAGAACAGGCUAAUAAACGGGGACCAAAAUGCAGUUUUGAUCCAAUUGACCAGAUGUUCAUGACACUGGUUAAAUUAAAGCAAGGUAGUGGAAACAAGGACAUUGCUGAGCGCUUCAAGAUCUCAGAUUCGUAUGUGACAAGGAUCUUCAUCACAUGGAUUAAUUUUUUGUUCAAUGCACUGGUUGAAGGGACCAACAUCUGGAUGUCCAAGGGAAAAGUUCGAAAGUACAUGCCUGCAUUCUUCAAGGGCUUGUAUCCUGAUUUGCAGGUUAUAAUUGACUGCACAGGGAUCUCAGUGGAGAGGCCAUCAGACUUGGAGGUACAAGCUGCCACAUACUCACAGUACAAGCACGGAAACACACUCAAGGGCUUGAUUGGGAUCAGUCCCUCUGGGGUUACUACUUUUGUCUCUGACCUAUAUGAGGGGUCAAUAAGUGACAAUGAGCUGACAAUGAACUGUGGCCUUCUGGAUUUAUGUGAGCCUAAUGUUGCCAUUAUGGCUGAUCGUGGUUUUACAUGCAAAGAAGCAAUCAUGAAGCGAAAACUGCGACAUGUAACACCUCACUUCUUGAUGGGAGCUGCCCAAAUGCAGCCACAUCAACUAGUCGAGUCCGUCGCGGUAGCUAGGUGUUUAUUCAGCUAA